GCGCGGCUCGGAGCGCGCACGGAGCCGCAGCAGCCCCGCCAUGGCCCGGAACCGCCGGGAGAGGAGCAGCUGGGGCAGUUUUGCAGAGAAGACUUACGAGUGGAGCUCCGAGGAGGAGGAGUCUGUGAGGAAGGCAGGACCAGUGCAGGUCCUUAUUGUCAAAGAUGACCAUUCCUUUGAGCUGGAUGAGGCUGCCCUGAACCGCAUCCUCCUCUCAGAGGCUGUCAGAGAUAAGGAGGUCGUGGCUGUGUCCGUUGCUGGAGCUUUUAGAAAAGGAAAAUCAUUCCUGAUGGACUUCAUGCUGCGGUACAUGUACAAUAAGGAAGCAGUGGACUGGGUUGGAGAUGACAACGAGCCUCUGACUGGUUUCUCCUGGAGGGGAGGGUCUGAGCGGGAGACGACGGGCAUUCAGAUAUGGAGUGAGGUUUUCCUGGUGGACAAGCCCGAUGGUAAAAAGGUUGCAGUGUUGCUGAUGGACACACAGGGGACCUUUGACAGCCAGUCCACCCUGCGGGACUCAGCCACCGUCUUUGCCCUCAGCACAAUGAUCAGCUCAAUACAGGUUUAUAACUUGUCCCAGAAUGUGCAGGAGGAUGAUCUGCAGCACUUGCAGCUUUUCACCGAGUACGGCCGGCUGGCCAUGGAGGAGACAUUCCUGAAACCUUUCCAGUCCCUUAUAUUCCUUGUUCGUGACUGGAGCUUCCCAUAUGAAUUCUCCUAUGGAUCAGAUGGUGGUGCCAAGUUUUUGGAGAAGCGUCUGAAGGUCUCGGGGAAUCAGCACGAGGAGCUGCAGAAUGUCAGAAAGCACAUCCAUUCCUGCUUCACCAAAAUCUCCUGCUUCCUCUUACCUCAUCCCGGCCUGAAAGUUGCCACCAACCCUAAUUUUGAUGGAAAACUGAAAGAAAUAGACGAUGAGUUCAUCAAGAACUUGAAGAUUUUGAUUCCUUGGCUUCUUAGUCCUGAGAGCCUGGACGUUAAGGAGAUCAAUGGAAACCAUAUCACCUGCAGAGGCCUUGUGGAGUAUUUUAAGGCCUACAUCAAGAUCUACCAAGGGGAGGAACUGCCACACCCAAAGUCGAUGCUGCAGGCCACAGCAGAAGCCAACAAUUUAGCAGCAGUUGCCACUGCCAAAGACACCUACAGCAGGAGAAUGGAAGAGGUCUGUGGUGGGGACAAGCCCUUCCUUGCACCUAGUGACCUCCAGACCAAACACGUGGAGCUGAAGGAGGAGGCUGUGAAGCUGUUUCGCGGGGUGAAGAAGAUGGGUGGGGAGGAGUUCAGCCGCCGCUACCUCCAGCAGCUGGAGAACGAGAUCGAUGAGCUCUACAUCCAGUACAUCAAGCACAACGACAGCAAGAACAUCUUCCACGCCGCCCGCACCCCCGCCACGCUCUUCGUGGUCAUCUUCAUCACUUACGUCAUCGCUGGAGUGACCGGCUUCAUUGGCUUGGACAUCAUAGCCAGUCUGUGCAACAUGAUCAUGGGCUUGACACUUAUCACACUGUGCACCUGGGCAUAUAUCAGAUACUCUGGGGAGUACAGAGAACUGGGCGCAGUAAUAGACCAAGUGGCCGCCGCGUUGUGGGACCAGGGAAGCACCAACGAGGCCCUGUACAAGCUGUACAGCGCGGCAGCGACCCACAGACACCUGUACCACCAGGCCUUCCCCGCCCCGCCGGCCGAGCCCGCCCAGGCCUCCGACAGGAAGAGGGUGUGAGUCUGAGGGGUGCAGGGCCCUCGCACCCCAUCCCGCACCCACCUCCACCUGCCCAGCCCAAGCUCCUGCUGGGGAACAGGGAAGCGGGGUGGCGGGGUGUGUUUGUUCCAUGGGAAGGUGUUGGCAUGUGUUUCGUUUUGUCGAUAUGUACAUAGUGGUACUGCAGCAACUACCAAGUGCUUUUAACUUGUAACAGCCCAGCUCAUCGAGGAAGCCUUAUUUCCCCCCUUCUUAAUUAUAAAGUCACUGAAGGAAUCAUAACUUACAUGAUACUGCAACUCAGAAUCUUCCAGCCUUCAGCAUUAUUCAAAAGCCAACUUAUUUUCAGAUACUUGAACAAGUUAUAACAUGUAAUGCAGGUUUGUUGUUGUUUUUUCUUCCAUUAACUGUUUCAUUCCAUAAUUCAAGAUGUAUUAACUUGCUUUAUCAAAAACUGCAAGGGCACUGCUGCUGUGGUGUGUGAAUGAUCCUGUAUGGAAACGUACUUUGCUGUUCCUAAGCCAUGCACAAGUAUCACUGUACCUGUUGGAGGAAGUUUCACUGUAUUUCUGUACAUAUAUAUUCACUAGAGUGCAUAGAAAGUGUUCAACAGUUCUAUUCUUUUAUCAUCAGAACUAUUAAAAGUUUGCUUUUGGUUCCUAAGAAGUUGGUUGUACAGGAAACAGUUAUUGACUGGCAAGGUGAGAGCUGCUCCUCUCGGGUUCCUGACACUCUCCUUUUGGCCCUCAGAACUGGUGCUUGUAAGUUGUUAUUUUGAAAAGACUCUGGCCUGUCUCCUGCCCAGGUGGGACCUCUGGGAGGUGCUUCUGUCACUAAUAAGGUGACACCAGAUUUUACAAGUCUUGGGCAAAAUCAAAGUCUCCAGCUCUUACCAGUGGAGAAAAAGCAUCUUCAAUGAAGCGAGGCCAGAAGAAGGGUCUGCACUGAGGUCCCCACCCCUCAUCAGAGCUUUAAUGGUUGUGAGAUCAUUUUAUUUGAUGUUCUAAAAGGCAAAAAUAUAAAAAUAAA